ACACAUUUAUAAUAUUUUUAAGAAAAAAAAAAAAAGAAUAACAUUUGUUUAUAACAUAUAUCAAUAUGAUUAAAAGCAAAUAUUUACUGUGUGCUGUUUCACAGCUUGCCAUUAUUAUAAGUUUCUUUGUAUCAAAUAUAUUGUGUGAGGUUGAACCGCAAGAUGAGGUCCAGGAAACUGUGGAUAAAAUUGAUCCUACAAUUAAAUCUUCAGAUUCCUCAUCCAGUCUAUUGCCAACAGAAAACUUGGGUUUUAUUCAUGCAUUUUUAGCUUCUAUAUCAGUGAUCUUGGUCUCAGAAAUAGGAGAUAAGACAUUUUUCAUUGCUGCUAUUAUGGCAAUGAAGCAUCCCAGAUUAACAGUUUUCGCUGGAGCUAUCGGAGCUCUGGCUUUGAUGACAGUUUUAUCUGCACUUUUUGGGUGGCUGGUGAAUGUUAUCCCAAGAGCAUAUACAUUUUACAUAAGCACAGCCUUGUUUGCUAUAUUUGGCUUGAAGAUGCUAAAAGAAGGUAUUAAUAUGUCUCCAGCAGGAGCACAAGAAGAAUUAGAGGAAGUCCAAUCUGAUUUAAGGAAAAAGGAAGAGGAGUAUGAAAAAGAAGCUAUGCUUCCGGAUCCAGAAACCGGGGGAAAACGUAUUAAAAAACAAGGCAUUUUAUCAACAGUGUCUCGAAUUUUCAUUCAAGCCUUUACACUAACGUUUUUGGCUGAAUGGGGCGACCGUUCUCAAUUAACUACAAUUAUUUUGGGAGCUAGAGAGGACGUGUAUGGUGUUAUUAUUGGUGGCAUUUUAGGUCACAUGGUUUGUACAGGAAUUGCAGUAUUAGGUGGCAGAAUGAUCGCCCAAAAAAUUUCUGUCAGAACAGUAACUAUAAUCGGUGGAAUCGUAUUUUUGCUGUUUGCAUUCUCUGCUUUGUUUUUUGAUCCGAAUGGGGAAUAAAUGAAACGAUUUAUUACGUAACACGA